UAAAGAAAACCGCUCUUGGCAAAAUAUAAUUAUUCAGUGACACGUCCGUAAGUCUAACGUGUGUUUUUUGAAUAAACAGGAUAUUUUCACACCAAUAGAGGGAUGAUUAAGGCUAUUUUAAUUUUCAAUAACCAUGGCAAGCCAAGAGCGUCUAAAUUUUUUAUACAUUAUCCUGAAGAUAUUCAACAACAAAUAAUUCGUGAAACGUUUCAACUAGUUUCCAAGCGAGAUGACAAUGUAUGCAAUUUUCUGGAAGGUGGAACAUUGGCUGGCGAUUCAGACUUUAAAAUUGUGUAUAGGCAUUAUGCAACCUUAUAUUUUGUGUUCUGUGUAGAUUCUUCAGAAAGCGAGUUGGGAAUACUCGACUUGAUUCAGGUAUUUGUGGAGACAUUAGACAAGUGCUUCGAAAAUGUCUGUGAACUAGAUUUGAUAUUUCAUGUUGACAAGGUGCAAUAUGUUAUGUGUGAAUUGGUUAUGGGAGGUAUGGUCCUGGAAACUAGCAUGGCCGAGAUUAUGACACGCAUUAAUGACCAAAGUAGAUUAGAAAGGGACGAGGUUGUCGCAGGAUUCUCUGCAGCGCCAUCCAAAGCUGUGUCUGCAGUAAAGGAAUUGAACAUUCCUCAAAAAAUAAAGGACAUAAAAAUUGGAGAUUUACCCUCGAUUGGAAGUUUCAAAUUUUGA